AAACACUAGCCUGUCAACCUUAGCGAGAUUGCUGCGCCAGCUACAGAGGGGGGCACUUAGUUUAUGGCAGAAGUCUUGGUUGUUUGACUCUGUUUCUUUGAUGGAGCGUGACUACAACAGUAUGGAGCAUGCGCAUUUAAGUACAACAACCUUCACUCGAGUAUAGAAGUCCUUCCUACCAAAACGAGAUCAACAUAACUCAUCUAAAAUUGAAAGAAGAUGACCAACACUCUUCACUAGCAGAGUACUAAGCAUCUCUAUCAAAAAAACUCUAAUUUCCGAAGCAGACCGUCGCCAGUCCGUCUUAAACAAGGCACUUUUCGACUUUGUGCAGCCUUCCUGCGGCAUCUACCUGCUUUUCUGCCUACACCCGCAAGCUCAUAGUAGGAGUUAUACAGCCUCUACGUUACAAAUGGCUGUCGAUUCGAAGACGAUUCGGCAUAAAAGGAAGCAGACUUUUCUUAAAGCGCCAUCAAAGGAGAGCGGUGAGCUGCGCCUCUUUGCGCUAGAUGACGUUGUAUCGGGUCGAAAGGAACGCACUAUUGAGUCCCUCAAG